UUGAGGAUGGGAUUCUGGAAGGCGGAACCUGCGGCUAUUCGAACAAUCAACCGGCCGGCACCGGCUUGCAGCCCGAGACUGCAGCUGAGGAUUCCCAAACGGGCAGCCGUAAUUCCGUUUAGCUCUAUACUACGAACAUGGAAGUGCGGCUGCUGGCCCCUCGACGCGUAUUGAAUUCAGCAUUGAUCUUCCCCGGUUAGUUGCGCUGCUCCUCAUGUCCCACUCGACGCUCAUCCCGAUCUGGGCAGCAUCUGCGCUCAUGGGCGUGGUCAACCAUUUUCAUUUCCGGCGCUACGAGCCCACGAACGCGCAUCGACCUGCCCUCGCAAUCCUGCUCCAGCCGCCCCUCGCCCUCUUUCUGCUGUCCCUCAAAACAAGCGCAGCGCUCACCUGGACCGCAUUGGGGUGCAUGUAUGCGGGAUUCAUCUGUGCUCUGCUCUCGUCCAUCACGCUCUACCGUGUCUCGCCCUGGCACCCCCUGUCUGCCGUCCCCGGUCCGGUGGGGUACAAGAUCUCGAAGCUGUGGAUUUUGCGCGACGUUGCGAGGGGAGAUAUGCACCGGGUGGUCCGGCGGAUGCACGAGAAGUACGGGCCCGUCGUGCGGACGGGUCCAAACGAGGUGUCGAUCGCGCACGUGGAUGCGGUGAAGCCCGUACUCGGGGCCCUCCCCAAAGGUCAAUACUACGAGGCCCGCUACGACCCGUCCAUCGGCACGCGCUCGCUGCUCAUCCUGCGCGACGACGCGCACACGAGCCGCCGGCGCAUCUGGAACCGUGCCAUGAACUCAGAUGCGGUAGAGGAGUACACAGCGACCAUGCGCCGCCGGGUGUCGGCGCUGCUGCAGAAGCUCGAGGCGCAGUCGCUGACCUCUGCGUCGACCGAUCUUUCCUCGUGGCUGGGAUAUUUCACCUUCGACUUCAUGGGGGAUAUGGCAUUUGGCGGUGGAUUCGAGAUGCUUCAGGAUGGGGGAGACAAGAACGGGCUCUGGGAGGUCAUCGAGAACGGAGCUUGGUCUCUGGCAUUCCUCUCCCACAUUCCUUGGCUGUCCCACAGCGUCAUGCUGCUGCCAGGUGUCCAGGGGGGACUCAUGAAACUCCGUCGGUUUGGGGUGGCCUCUGCGACAAAUCGUGUCAACGCUGGUUCGCGGGUCAAGGACUUGUGGUACCACCUUACUGACGAGGCCGAGUUGGAGAAGGAGCGGCCGUCUUUCCGCGAAGUCGUAGCGGACGGUGUGUUGAGCAUCAUCGCCGGCUCCGACACCACGUCCACCGCCCUGAGCGGGCUUUUCUGGCUGCUGCUGUCUCACCCGGACGCCUACAAACGAGUGCAGGCCGAAGUCGACGGCGUGUAUCCGCGCGGGGACUCACCGAUGGACCCGAGCAAGCACAAUCAGCUGCCGUACCUGACUGCGUGUCUGAACGAGGCGCUCCGGCUUCUUCCGCCGGUACCCUCCGGCAGCCCGCGCAAAGUCCCCGGUGACGGCGGCGGGAGAGUCAUCGCCGCACAAUACAUCCCUCCCGACACGCAGGUAUAUGUCCCCACGUACACGCUCCACCGGUCUGCCAAGAACUUCCAUGACCCUGACACUUUCAGGCCAGAGCGGUGGCUGCCCGGUGCCCCCGGCGCAAACCAAAUUCACAACCCGCUCGGGUUCAUCCCGUUCUCGUUCGGCUUCGCGAACUGCGUCGGCAAGAAUCUCGCGAUGCGGGAGAUGGUCAUGGUCGGCGCCGCGCUGGCGCAGACGUUCGACAUGCGCUUUGCCGAUGGAUUUGCUGCCGAGGAGUGGACUGAGCAUUUGCAUGAUGUAUUCGUGACGAGUAUUGGGAUGCCACUGCUGGUCAAGCUGACGAAGAGAACGUGAGUGCAUAGUGAUCCGCGUUUCCGCCUGGUUCCCACGGUUGGGAUAGCACGUGAAUUCGAUGACUACUUGUUCCCACGGUUCAUCACUACCAGGAAACAUUGGUCUCCACUACCGUACACCCCAAGCACAGACUCCUGCAUGCGAUGCCGCUGCCCGUUCAAAUCGCAAUUUUUUGAGACACCGAUAGUUUUGCCUUUCGAGUGCCAGUGGAAUGUCGAAGCCUGUGCGCGGUUUUCGGCUCGCCCAAUCACUGAUAGAAGCUUGCUGUCCUAUGACUCCGAAUCGGCCAGUAAUAGUGGCCGCUUGAUCGGGGUCGGUGACGGCAACAGACUCUGUUUGAAUGAUGAUCUCCGCCCGAAGCCCUGUACUGUCAGAUAGCGGGUCCACAUCCACCGAUGUGACCAAAAGAUAAUGACGCUCCGUGAGCAGGAAUUGCGUACUUGACAUUUUGCCUAUUAUCCACUGAGUCCGUAUUUCCUGCAUCAUGCCAAUGCUUUUAGGAUAAAAGCAUCGCAUCGAGCCGCCUAGCUGCAUACUUGACCCCCCAUGCAACAAAUCUGGCUCCCACCCGC